GCCGGGAGCGGGCGGGCGGCGGGCAGCGCGCGGGCGGAGCAGCCGAAAGUUUCUCUGCUCGCCUCAUCCGGCGAGCCAGAGCCACCCGUCAGCUCUGGGAAAAGAGAGACGAGAAUACAUUGCAAAACACACUGAAAAAUAAUUCUCAAGUCAGCCCGAGGCGCAGGGGGCAGGUCUGCGCUCUUCCAGGCUCUGCGAGGCUUUUGCUAUGACCGCAGUCUCCUCAGGGAGCCAGGACUACCUCUCGCUGCCACAGCCACACCAGGUCCUCGCUCUUCCCUGCCUGUUCCCGGCCCCACGUCACCAUGGGCAGCGUCAGUAGCCUCAUCUCCGGCCACGGCUUCCAUAGCAAGCACUGCCGGGCUUCGCAGUACAAGCUGCGCAAGUCCUCCCACCUCAAGAAACUCAACCGGUACUCAGACGGGCUGCUCAGAUUUGGCUUCUCCCAGGACUCAGGUCAUGGCAAGUCCAGCUCCAAAAUGGGAAAAAGUGAAGACUUCUUCUACAUCAAGGUCAGCCAGAAGACCCGGGGCUCCCACCACCCUGACUACACUGCACUGUCCAGUGGGGACUUAGUGGGCCAGGCCGGGGUGGACUUUGGCCCGUCCACCCCACCCAAGCUCAUGCCCUUUGCCAAUCAGCUAGAAAUGGGCCCAGAGAAGGGUGCCAUGAGGCCCACUGCCUUCAAGCCCGUGCUGCCGCGGUCAGGAGCCACCCUGCACUCCUCCCCGGGGAGCGCCAGCCACCAGCUGCACCCCGCGCCCCCAGACAAGCCCAAGGAGCAGGAGCUGAAGCCCGGUCUGUGCUCCGGGGCGCUGUCCGACUCCGGCCGCAACUCCAUGUCCAGCCUGCCCACACACAGCACCAGCAGCAGCUACCAGCUGGACCCACUGGGCACCGCCGUGGGGCCGGCCAGCCGUUUUGGGGGGUCAGCCCACAACAUCACCCAGGGCAUCCUCCUCCAGGACAGUAACAUGAUGAGCCUGAAGGCGCUAUCCUUCUCCGAUGGGGGCAGCAAGCUGGCCCACCCAAGUAAGGCAGACAGGGGCUCCUCGUGCGUCCGCUCGCCCAUCUCCACGGACGCGGGCGCCAUCCAGGAGCUGGAGCAGAAGCUGCUGGAGAGGGAGGGCGAGCUACAGGAGCUGCGGCGCAGCUUUGAGGACAAGGAGCUGGCGUCCAGCCAGGCCUACGAGGGGCAGCGGCGGUGCAAAGAGGAGCUGGAGGGCCCGGAGCACAAGUGCAGCGGCAAGCUGAAGCCCGCCUCGCAGAAAAGCCAGCGCACACAGCAGGCGCUGCACCUACAGGUGCUCCAGCUCCAGCAAGAGAAGCGGCAGCUGCGGCAGGAGCUCGAGAGCCUCAUGAAGGAGCAGGACGUGCUAGAGGCCAAGCUGCGGGCCUACGAGAAGGAGAAGACCAGCUUUGCCCCCGCGCUGGAGGAGACCCAGUGGGAGGUGUGCCAGAAGUCAGGUGAGAUCUCUCUCCUGAAGCAGCAGCUGAAGGAGUCCCAGAUGGAAGUCAAUGCCAAGGCCAGCGAGAUCCUCAGUCUGAAGGCACAACUGAAGGACACACGGUGCAAGCUGGAGGGCAUGGAGCUGAAGACGCAGGACUUGGACAGCGCUCUGCGUACCAAGGGCCUGGAGCUGGAAGUCUGUGAGAACGAGCUACAGCGCAAGAAGAACGAGUCCGAGCUCCUGCGAGAGAAGGUGAACCUGCUGGAGCAGGAGCUCCUGGAGCUGCGGGCCCAGGCUGCCCUGCAGUGGGACAGCGCGUCCCGGGGGGCAGGGCGGGGGACGGGGCCUGGGCCCACCUUCUCCGAGGACAUCCCCUCCCUGCAGCGGGAGCUGGAACGGCUGCGGGCCGAGCUGAGGGAGGAGCGGCAAGGCCAUGACCAGAUGUCCUCAGGCUUCCAGCAUGAGCGGCUGGUGUGGAAGGAAGAGAAGGAGAAGGUGAUCCAGUACCAGAAGCAGCUGCAGCAGAGCUACCUAGCCAUGUACCAGCGCAACCAGCGCCUGGAGAAGACCCUGCAGCAGCUGGCCCACGGGGAUGGUGCAGGGGAACCUUUGGAGAUUGACCUUGAAGGGGCUGACAUCCCCUAUGAGGACAUCAUAGCCACAGAGAUCUGAGGGGCCUCCUGGGGGAGGGAGAGCUGGGACCUGGCAU